CCAAUAUGUCUGGAACAUUUGGUGGUGCCAAUGUGCCACAGGGAAUGUAUCCUCCGGCUCCUGGGGGCUACCCUUCUGCAGCUCCUGGAGGGUUCGGACAACCACCACCACAGGGUCAGCAGCCUUAUGGGAUGUACCCUCCACCUCCCGGAGGAAACCCCCCAACAGGGAUGCCAUCAUAUCCAUCAUACCCAGGUGGUCCGAUGCCACCUGCAGCGGCCCAGCAGCCUCAACCAGUGCCGUAUCCUGGGCAGCAGCCCAUGCCAAGUUAUCCAUCCGGUCCAGCUGUUAAUCCUUCGAUGCCAUCCUACCCAGGUUCUCCCAUGCCUACCGUCACCCCUGGAGUAGUAAGGACCUUUUUCUCUGUAUAUUUUGGCAGUCUCCUUUUAGUAGGAAGGGGAAAGAGGAAGGAUGUGGAUUUGAUCAAGGACCUGAAGUCAGAGAUCUCCGGAAACUUUGAGAAAACCAUUUUGGCAAUGUUGAAAACGCCUGUCCUCUUUGAUGUCACGGAAAUCCAAGAAGCUAUCAAGGUUUGUAUUUAAAAGAAAGUGACGCCUCUAUAAAUGUGUUGUCCGAUUCAAUGUUCAUUUCGUCUUUCUUUCCUGUCUCCACCCAAACUUACCCUUAAAAUAAUAUUUUUUCUUUUGCCUUUUUCUGCUGACUAUCAGCAGAAAGGCCUUGCAUUCA